AUGCCAUCUACAAAGUUCCUUCCGCUGCUGCCGAUGGCGUUGAUGCCCUUCUACGCAACCCUGCUGUUCAAGGCGGUGCACCACAAGACGCCGCUGGUGCGGCUCACAUUUGAGGACGAGUACGAUUACAUUGUGGUAGGUGGUGGUUCGGCCGGCGCCGUGGUGGCUAGUCGCCUUUCCGAAGACCCAGAAGUGAGCGUCCUCCUCCUGGAAGCCGGCCGGGUGCCCAACUUCUUCCUCGACGUGCCACUGCUGGCGGCCGAGAUCCAGCAGACCAAGUUCGACUGGGCCUACCUCACCGUGCCCCAGGAGGCUGCCUGCUUCGGACUAAAGAAUAGGCAAAGCCGGUGGCCUCGGGGCAAAGUGCUGGGUGGCUCGAGCGUCCUCAACUACAUGCUCUACAUCCGGGGCAACCGGCGUGACUACGACCGCUGGGAGCAGCAGCUCGGCUGCGAAGGCUGGGGAUGGCAAUCCGUGCUGCCUUACUUCAUCAAGUCCGAGGACAACCGGGAUCCCUCGAUCGCCCACAAUGGUUACCACGGCCGGGGCGGCUACCUCACAGUUUCCACUCCUCCGUAUGCGUCCCCACUAGCGCAUGCCUUCGUAGAAGCCGGACAGACCUUGGGCUACCCCAAUAUCGACCUCAACGGGCCGUUUCAGACUGGCUUCGCCAUUCCUCAGAGCACGCUCAGGCGAGGCGCCCGAUGCAGCACUGCCAAGGCCUUCCUGGAGCCAUGCAGGGGUCGGCCAAACCUGCACAUAUUGGUCCGCGCGCAUGUCACCAAGAUUCUGUUCGACGAGAACCGAAGAGCUCGCACGGUGUUGUUCCGGUACCGGCGACUGCAGCGCGCUGUCAGAGCCAGGCAGGAGAUCAUCCUGUCGGCCGGUUCCAUCGGCAGUGCACAGCUUCUGAUGCUCUCUGGAGUAGGACCCCGUCUUCACCUUGAAUCGCUUGGUAUUCCGGUGAUAAGCGACAUUCCCGUCGGCGAGAACUUGCAGGAUCACAUAGGUGGCGCGGGCAUCAGCUUCAUGAUCAACGACUCUGUGUCCGUUGUCAGGAAGAGAUUCAAUCCGAAGACCGCCUUCGACUACUUCAUCAAAGGACAAGGUCCCCUGACUGUACCCGGAGGCGUGGAAGGCAUCGGUUUCAUCCGCACCAAGUACAACGCGCGGCACUCUGACUGGCCUGACGUCGAAGUGCACUUCGUGUCGAGCACACCAGCCGCCGACGGAGGUCACACCAUUCGCCGCGUCAUGGGCAUGACAGACGAGCUCUUCGACCAUGUGUACCGGCCGUACCUGAACAUGGAUGGGUUCACUAUGUACCCGGUGCUGCUGCGGCCAAAGUCCCGAGGAUGGAUCCGGCUACGAUCCGCCGACGCGGAGGACUACCCGCUCAUCAAUCCUGGAUACCUGACACGGAUUGAAGACGUCCUUAUCCUUGUGGAAGGCAUGAAGCAGCUCAUAGCGCUGGGAUACUCGGAGCCUUUCCGCAAGUACGACGCGCACAUCUUCGAGCCGGACUUCCCGGGCUGCGAGCGGUACGAGCCGUACUCGGACGAACACCUGGCGUGCAUCGCUCGCACGUACACGGCUACCAUCUACCAUCCCAGCGGAACGUGCCGCAUGGGACGCCCGGAGCUUCCCACUACGGUCGUAGACCCGCAACUCAGGGUCAAAGGCGUGCUCGGUCUGCGGGUCGUGGAUGCUUCCGUGUUUCCCGAGAUCCCGUCGGGCAACACCAAUGCCCCGGUCAUCAUGGUAGCGGAGAAGGCUUCCGAUAUGAUCCGUCACUUUAGGCGGGUCACGUGGGGUACGAAUUAUUUGAACUGGUGGCUUUGGACACGAAGGUGACUACAAAUUUGUGUCGUUACUUCAAAGCGAGGCGUUAGGUGGAGACCAAGUUCUUCUGAGCCUUUCUACAAACAACAUUGUGUGUACGUUAAAGGUUCGUGCGCUUGCUGUGCCAUAUUAUUUGUCUAGAUGGGCCAGCCUUCGUUUGGCACACGGGAGCAAGUUCACAGCAAAGGUAGAUAGGAAUAUAUUUCCUUUCGUAGGCAACGACACGUAUUGUUUCCUGCUUGCAAGAAAACUCAAGUGAUACAUGCUUAGCAAGCUUGUUGUGGGACACAAACCCUGGAUGAAGGAGUUGGAUGCAGGAUACGCGUGAACAGAUACUCCAUUUCAUAUGCCCUCUAUAUGUAGCACUAUGUAUGAGGUUAGCUAGACCAAGCUAGACUGCUUUUUGGUUCGUUUAUACAGAAUAUUAUUGUGCUUGAAGUCUCUCUGGAAACACAUCUAUACUGACAUCCUUUGAAAAAUAUCUGUCACUCAUGUUUAGGACUCAGUUUUUAUAACAUAAUAUCACAGCGGUGUUCCUUUAAAGAAAACCGUUCUUAGUAUUUUUUUCAGAAAGUUUCUUUGUGGCAAGAUCAAAGCCUCUCCUUAGAACUAACAGUUAAAAAUAGCUCCAUAGCUACCAAUGGUGUGUCUCCUUGCAAUUGUGAAUCUCAAGUGCAAACGGGAAACAUUUGUGCUUUGGAGCUAUGGGCUUAUCCAGGGCAUUCUAAGCAAUUCGUCAAUGCUGUGUUAACUCGAGGCUAGCAUAUUUCUAAGUUUUGCGCAACUGGCCACGUUACCCGGGACGCGAGAGCUAUUUAAAGUGAUGUGCUGCUCCCGUCACCUGCUGCAUACGAGAAGUUGUAGUACGCAGACCCACAGCAUAAGUACAAUGCGUUGUACGAAAUGGCAGGCGCAGACAGCACAGGCAGAAGAGGGCUGAAAAGGGUAACACAAUCGUUGGUGCCGGGGAAUACGUCUGUUUCUUGUGUCCGUGUUUUGUGCCCUCGCCUUUCUGCAUCAAAGUCAAUACCAAGUUGCUCUGAUUACUGUCGUUUAUGAGAACAAGUUUCUGUCCCUGCCUCUAGGUAAUCGUUCACUUCGUGCUCUGUAGAAAGCAUAGUGCCAUAUUUAAAAGAAAAAAAAGAAACUCAAGACAGUCUUUACGUGAUGGUCCUUGUCGAAUCAGUGCUGGCGCUACUGGGAAAUCCAACCGGCGAGUCAUUGGUACGAUGACGUGUGUCCGCAUUCCCUCCACGUAUGCGCUUAUAUCGCCUACACGAAGCCCAUGAAUCGAGUGUCUUGUGGUGUGGCGCCAUAACAGAAAGUGAACAGACGAAGUGGAAUAGUUUCUGUAAACUCACUCGACUUUGUCGGUAACAUUAUUCAGUGGAAGCUUGUAUGUGCUUUCGGCAUUCUGACAAAACACACAACUACCAAGGAUGGCGUUCCACUUUAGGGAGCGAGGAGUACAGAAAUUAGGCACCAUGGCAAAACACCUUUGCUUCAGAGUCUGGAACAUGAGUACUUAUAGUGGCGGCGCGUAGGGGUUCUUUAAGUACGUCCAUGUUACCGUCCGGUAGGCAACUUCCACUGCCAUGUUCAGUGUUACCAUAAACCAUCGCGUUGGUGAAAUAAGAGAAUUCAACGAAAUGCAUUACCACAGAAAAAGACACUUUCAUGAGACGGUCCUGAGAAAUAGGCGACUGGUCUCUUACGGAAAUUUAUCAUCAGCGAGUGGUUUGAUUGACACUUGUUAACAAUGCGUUCUUGGAUAAAGCGCAUGUAAACGCUGAACGCAUGACGAUGCGCGCAUUCGUAUGAUUUCAUUGUGGUCAUAUUGUGCGUGCGCCCGAAUCUGUAAAUACACAAGUGUUCUUGUUCUCUCAAAUAAAUGGUUGCUAUUAAAUA